UGACGUCAUCGCAGAAUUUAUUGUUGCUGCAUGUCAUCUGUGAACUGCAUCACAAUAAUCACAUUAAUCGGAUAUUAUGAUGGAUGAAAACCCAAAACAAUCACCGCAGCUCUGAUUUAAACACAAAUAUGGCGGAUAUGGCUGAGGCAGACGGUAUCAGCAGUGCCACUCCCACAGAGGAGAUGAACGGCGCGGGAAACCUGAUGGACUUUCUAGACGAGCCGUUCCCAGAUGUCGGCACUUAUGAGGACUUUCACACCAUUGACUGGCUGAGAGAGAAAUCCAGAGACACAGACAGACACAGAAAGAUCACCAGUAAGAGUAAAGGGUCCAUCUGGGAGUUUAUAAAGAGUUUACUAGAUGCCUGGUCAGGAUGGCUGGUGAUGCUGCUGAUUGGUCUGUUGUCAGGCACGUUGGCUGGUGUGAUCGAUCUGGCUGUCGAUUGGAUGACGGAUCUGAAGGAGGGCGUGUGUCUGUCUGCGUUCUGGUACAGUCAUGAGCAGUGCUGCUGGACGUCCAAUGAGACGACCUUCGCUGACCGAGACAAAUGUCCACAGUGGCAGAAGUGGGCCGAACUCAUGACAGGAUAUACAGACGGUGCAGGGGCGUAUGUGCUAAACUACUUCCUGUAUGUGCUGUGGGCCCUGCUCUUCUCUUUCCUGGCCGUGUCUCUGGUGCGAGUGUUCGCUCCGUAUGCCUGUGGAUCAGGAAUACCGGAGAUUAAGACAAUCUUGAGUGGCUUCAUCAUUCGGGGUUAUCUGGGGAAGUGGACUCUGCUGAUAAAGACAGUCACUCUAGUGCUGGCCGUGUCGUCUGGUCUCAGUCUGGGGAAGGAAGGACCGCUUGUCCACGUCGCCUGUUGUUGUGGCAACCUGUUCUGCAGCCUCUUCUCCAAAUACAGUAAGAACGAGGGCAAACGCAGAGAGGUUUUGUCAGCAGCUGCAGCUGCAGGUGUGUCUGUUGCAUUUGGAGCUCCAAUUGGAGGAGUUCUCUUCAGCCUGGAGGAGGUCAGUUAUUAUUUCCCUCUGAAGACGUUGUGGCGGUCUUUUUUUGCUGCGCUGGUGGCAGCGUUCACUCUCCGCUCCAUCAACCCUUUUGGCAACAAUCGUUUGGUUUUAUUUUACGUUGAGUACCACACGCCCUGGUACAUGGCCGAGCUGGUGCCGUUCAUUCUGCUGGGAGUGUUCGGCGGUCUCUGGGGGACCCUUUUUAUUCGCUGCAACAUCGCGUGGUGUCGCCGCCGUAAGACCACGCUGCUCGGGAAGUAUCCGGUGCUGGAGGUGAUCUUGGUGACUGGAAUCACGGCUAUCCUGGCGUUCCCGAAUCCAUACACGCGCCGCAGCACCAGUGAACUGAUCUCAGAGCUGUUUAACGACUGUGGAGCGCUGGAGUCGUCGCAACUCUGUGAUUACAUCAACAACCCAAACAUGACGCGACCAGUGGACGAUAUUCCAGACAGACCCGCGGGGCCUGGUGUCUACAGCGCCCUCUGGCAGCUCACAUUGGCACUGAUCUUCAAGAUAGUCAUCACUAUCUUUACAUUCGGCAUGAAGAUCCCCUCAGGCUUGUUCAUCCCCAGUAUGGCGGUGGGUGCUAUCGCCGGGCGUAUCGUAGGCAUUGCAGUGGAGCAGAUGGCAUAUCAUCACCACGACUGGAUCAUUUUUAAGAACUGGUGUCGUCCGGGUGCAGACUGCGUCACGCCGGGCCUGUACGCGAUGGUCGGGGCCGCUGCAUGUUUAGGUGGUGUAACUCGGAUGACGGUCUCUCUGGUGGUCAUCAUGUUUGAGUUGACCGGCGGUCUCGAAUACAUCGUUCCUCUGAUGGCGGCCGCCGUCACCAGUAAGUGGGUUGCUGAUGCGCUCGGGAAGGAGGGAAUUUAUGAAGCUCACAUUCAGCUCAACGGUUACCCGUACCUGGAUCAAGAUGAGUUCACACACCGCACGCUAGCCACAGACGUGAUGCGACCACGCCGGAACGAGCUGCCAUUGUCUGUGCUGACGCAGGACAGCACCACAGUGGAGGAUGUGGAGAUGCUUAUCAAAGAUACUGACUACAACGGUUUUCCUGUGGUUGUCUCGCGUGAAUCAGAGAGACUUAUCGGCUUCGUUCAGAGACGAGAUCUUAUCCUGGCUAUCAAAAAUGCACGUCAGAAACAGGACGGUGUGGUGAGUAAUUCGGUAGUUUAUUUCACUGAAGAUGCGCCGCAGCUUUCUGUGUCAAACCCGCAGCCGCUGAAACUCAGACGCAUCCUGAAUCUCAGUCCCUUCACUGUCACUGACCACACGCCCAUGGAGACGGUGGUGGACAUCUUCCGCAAACUGGGUCUCCGCCAGUGUCUCGUCACACGCAGUGGACGUUUGCUUGGAAUCAUUACUAAGAAGGAUGUUCUGCGACACAUGGCUCAAAUGAUGAAUCAAGACCCUGAAUCAAUCAUGUUCAACUAACAGCUGUGCGGAGUGCGAUUACUGUCACCUCAGGAGUUGAACCCGCUCCAGACUGACUCUGUACAUAGUGCACCCGUCCUGUCAUCUGUUACACACCCAAUCUUCUAGUUUGGCACAAUAAUGUGUGUUUAUGUGACUGGUGCAACUGAGACUGUCGGUCAAUUGUUUUUUUCAAUGUUAAUGUUGUUUUUGUUAUUUUUUUUAUUAAGCUGCUCUCGCCAUAUGUAUUUUUUAUGUGCAUUACUGUAAAUUUAAAGAUUUAAACAAACUUUAAAGGAAUAGUUCACCCCCCCCCAAAAGUCAUUAUUUAUUCACCCUCAUUUUCAGUCUCAACCUGUAUAACUUUAUUAAAAAAUUCAAGAACAUGGAAAAAUUCACCGUUUACGUCCCACAGAAGAAAGAAA